GGGCGGGCGCGGGGAUGAGCGUGGGCGGCCGCCGCCAUGUCCAAGGUAACGGCGCCCGGGCCCGGGCCGGCGGCGGGCGGGAAGGAGAAGCGCUCCUUCAGCAAGCGGCUGUUUCGGAGCGGCCGCGCGGGCGGCGGCGCGGGGGCCCCCGGAGCGCCCGGGCCGGCCGCGCCCUCGCCGUCGGCGGCGCGCUCGGUGGGCAGCUUCAUGAGCCGCGUCCUCCGGACGCUGUCCACGCUCUCGCACCUGAGCUCCGAGGGCGGCAGCUCGGACCGCGGCCCCCUCCACGGCUGCUUCCCGCCCGCGCCCGCGCCGCCGCCCGGCCCGCCGCCCGCGCCGCCCGCGCCGCCCGCCUGCGAGCCGGUGCCCGGCGUGGCGGGGCUCCGCAACCACGGCAACACGUGCUUCAUGAACGCCACGCUGCAGUGCCUCAGCAACACCGAGCUCUUCGCCGAGUACCUGGCGCUCGGCCAGUACCGCGCCGGCCGGCCCGAGCCCGAGCCCGAGCCCGAGCCGCCCGCCGGCGCCCCCGCGGGCGAGGUCACCGAGCAGCUGGCGCACCUGGUGCGCGCCCUCUGGACGCUGGAGUACACGCCGCAGCACAGCCGCGACUUCAAGAGUAUUGUGUCAAAGAAUGCACUGCAGUACCGGGGGAACUCCCAGCACGAUGCCCAGGAGUUUCUGUUGUGGCUUUUGGACCGAGUUCAUGAAGACCUCAAUCAUGCUGUGAAGCAGAGCGGCCAGCCUCCUGUGAAGCCACCAUCAGAGUCUGAUAUGAUGCCUGAGGGACCAUCUUUUCCAGUCUGUAGCACUUUUGUACAAGAACUUUUUCAAGCCCAAUACAGAUCCUCCCUGACAUGUCCUCAUUGUCAGAAGCAGAGCAACACUUUUGACCCUUUCCUCUGCAUUUCUUUGCCAAUCCCUCUGCCCUACACAAGGCCUCUCUAUGUCACCGUAGUGUACCAAGGAAAGUGUUCUCACUGCAUGCGGAUUGGCGUGGCUGUGCCUCUGUCGGGGACUGUCGCCAGACUUCGGGAAGCAGUGUCUCUGGAAACAAAGAUCCCCACUGACCAGAUUGUGUUAACAGAAAUGUACUAUGAUGGGUUCCAUCGUUCCUUUUGUGACACAGAUGACCUGGAAACAGUCCAUGAAAGCGACUGCAUUUUUGCCUUUGAGACUCCAGAAAUAUUCAGGCCUGAAGGAAUUCUCAGUCAGAGAGGAAUUCACUUAAACAACAAUCUGAACCACUUAACAGUUGGCUUGGCCCAUCAUAGACUGUCUUCUGCACAUGCAGCAGCAAAGCAGGGGAAAGUGGAGCUGCCCGUGACGAGAGCAGAGAGUGACAAGAUCGUCCUGCUGGUGUGCAACCGCGCCUGCACCGGGCAGCAGGGAAAGAGGUUUGGACAGCCUUUUGUGCUGCACUUGGAGAAGACAGUAGCCUGGGACCUGCUGCAGAAGGAAAUCUUGGAGAAGAUGAAAUAUUUCCUGAGGCCCACGGUUUGCAUUCAGGUGUGUCCUUUCAGUUUGCGUGUGGUCAGUGUGGUGGGAAUAACAUACUUGCUGCCCCAGGAAGAACAGCCACUGUGCCACCCAACGGUAGAAAGGGCAUUAAAAUCGUGUGGACCGGGUGGCACUGCUCAUGUGAAAUUAGUGGUAGAAUGGGACAAGGAGACAAAAGAUUUCUUGUUUGUAAAUACUGAAGAUGAGUAUAUCCCUGAUGCAGAGAGUGUCCGUCUGCAACGGGAGCGUCAUCAUCAGCCUCAAACUUGCACUUUAUCCCAGUGUUUCCAACUCUACACCAAAGAGGAGCGGCUGGCCCCCGACGACGCCUGGCGCUGCCCGCACUGCAAGCAGCUGCAGCAGGGGAGCAUCACGCUGAGCCUGUGGACGCUGCCGGACGUGCUCAUCGUCCACCUGAAGCGGUUCCGGCAGGAAGGAGACAGGCGUGUGAAACUUCAGAACAUGGUCAAGUUCCCCUUGACUGGCCUGGACAUGACGCCUCAUGUGGUUAAGAGAAGCCAGAGCAGCUGGAGUUUGCCAUCCCAUUGGUCUCCAUGGCGACGACCUUAUGGACUCGGGAGGGACCCUGAGGACUACGUCUAUGACCUGUAUGCUGUGUGCAAUCAUCAUGGCACCAUGCAAGGGGGGCACUACACAGCCUACUGUAAGAACUCCGUGGACGGGCUCUGGUACUGCUUUGAUGACAGUGACGUGCAGCAGCUGUCGGAAGAUGAGGUCUGCACACAGACGGCCUACAUCCUCUUCUAUCAGCGGAGGACAGCAAUACCGUCAUGGUCGGCCAACAGCUCGGUGGCAGGCUCCACGAGCUCCUCCCUGUGCGAGCACUGGGUGAGCCGGCUGCCGGGGAGCAAGCCCGCCAGCGCCACCUCGGCAGCUUCUUCCCGACGAACCUCCCUGGCCUCGCUGUCUGAGUCCGUGGAGAUGACGGGGGAGAGGAGUGAAGACGAUGGAGGUUUCUCGACGCGACCGUUCGUGAGGAGUGUCCAGCGCCAGAGCUUGUCAUCCAGGUCUUCUGUCACCAGCCCCUUGGCCGUCCAUGAAAACUGCAUCAGACCUUCUUGGUCCCUGUCUGCCAAGCUGCAGAUGCGCUCCAGCUCUCCUUCCCGGUUCUCAGGGGACUCUCCGGUUCACGCCUCCACCUCCACCUUGGAGAAGAUCGGGGAGGCGGUGGAUGACAAGGCCUCCAUCUCUUGCUUUGGUAGCUUGAGGAGCCUUUCUAGCAGUUCCCAGGACCCGGGCGGCGCUCCCAGUCGACGGGAGCACAAGGCUGCAGGCCGGGCCCCUCUGGCUGUCAUGGAAGGCGUGUGCAGAGACGAGCCAGACUCCCACAGAUCAAACUCCGGUGUGGCAGACACACAGAGCAAACACUCAGCACAAGGGGCUCGCUUGCCCCCCGUGUCUGAUCCAUUUGAUAACAAUAACCAGAUAGCUUACGUGGAUCAGAGCGAUUCUGUAGAUAGCUCUCCCGUCAAAGAGGUGAAACCCCCAAGCCACCCAGGCUCCCUCACAAAGAAACCAGAGAGCACAACCAAGAGUUCCCCCAGCUGCAAAGGCGCGUCUGAGCCCGACAGAAGCUUGCGGAAGGGGAGGUCGGUCUUGGCGAGCCGGGGGUCAUCUCAGUCCAGCACCUCCCCUUCCUCUCCGGUUCCUGCCAAAGUUUCUGUGAAGCCCUCCCGAUCCCGAAGCAAAGCGGAGUCUUUCAGGGCCCCUACCCCUCCCAGGAAGGAGCCCUCCCCCAGAGCCCAGGACUCGGUGGCCUCUCCUUCGGCCCAGAAGCCGAAGGCAGCUUCUUCCCUCGGGUGCACUGCUUCCUCCACCCCUGCCAAAAAGGCCUCGGGCCCUGCCGCCAGGGGCCCCUGCCCACCAGGGAAGGGCAGGACUGCGGAGCGGAGCCUAAGUGGAGAGGGCUCCAGACAAAGCCUGGUUUCUGACCGAGCCGGGGUCCCCUCCAGCUCCAAGCCCAACUCCCCUCGGGGGAGCCAGGCCAGGGCGGGGGAGGGCCGGGAGGACGGGAAGCAGGUCAGGAGCUCCUCCAUGGCCAGCCUGCGCUCCCCCAACGCGAGUGUGAAGGCUGGUCUGAAGCGGGACAGCAAGUCGGAUGAGAAGGGGCUGUCCUUCUUCAAGUCCGCCUUGAGGCAGAAGGAGACGCGGCGGUCCACUGACCUCGGCAAGACGCCCUUGCUCUCCAAGAAGGCAGGUGGGAGCUCCGUCAGGUCGGCCUGUAAGAACGCCGGGGAGGACAAGGCGGAGAAGGGGCACCGGCCUCCAGCCUCCCAGCAGCCAAAUGCCAGUUCCGUUGGGAAAGAGCAGCUUGCCUCCAAGGACCCUGCUUCUGCUAGACAUCCCCUGCUGUCCAGUCGCAGAUCCAAGUCUUCCCCGCUAGACUGCGGAGCACCCGCAUCUCCUGGUGGCAGGCAGUCCACCGAGAAGUCCUCCCAAAGGUUACCUUCGAGCAUGCCAGCCUCUGCACGGCCUCCGAAACCUCAGUGACGCCGCUGCGCUCCAGUGCGACCUGCGACACGUUUAUUUAUUUAGAACCCUCCCCUCCCACCAAAGCCCUCUAUGCUUUUGUAUUUUUUGGGUCAUGUGCCUGAUGUGUGUGCUUGCGUGCGUGUGUGCGUGCGUGUGUGUGUCUGUGUGUGUGUGUGUGUGCGGAUUUCAAUUGCAAAUUGUUAAAAGCGUCGCCUUAUUCUGCCAUUGAACCAAAUAACAGCCAUAGGCAAAGCAUCAAUACCGAGCUAACUGGAACAAUCACAGAUGAUCCCCUGGACAGUCCCGGUAGCAGUUGUAUAUGUUUCUUUAGAGAACUCUAAUGACUCGUUGGACACUAGGGUCUGGAACCUGGGACCAGUCAAGCUGCUCUGCAGAGGAUGAGUUAUGUGACCUGGGGUUCAGCUGAGCAGGACUUGUCCUCACGGGGACUGCCAUGUGGCACCAGGAGUUCUAAAAACUGUGACACUAACAGACAAACCGAGAGAAAACGGUUGCUUCCUGCACUUUGGCCCCAUCUACCAGUCUUUGUAAAGGGCAAUAUUUUAACACUAAUGUUUCUCAGGUAAAUAUACUCAGCCAGGUUAGGAAGGAUGUGUAAGCGGAUUAGAGAGAAGGUGGCUGUCAGUGACUGUCAGUCCUCCUCCUGCCACACACGGACAGUUUCAGAGGUAGAAGCAGUCUUUCGCUGCUUUCAUAUCGGCAGAGAUGUGGGUCCCAAGAUGUGGCAGAUCGGGUAAAGCCAGUCACUCGUAGUUAAGGUUUUCCCUCCUACAUUUGCUAGUGAAGGCCAUUGGGAGUUUGAAAAGUAGUAGAGCAGUAGAGGAAUCUUUUAAAGAUUCCUGGGAAAAGAAAAAGGAUUCUCAACUGCACACAUGAAUCUCUCCCAUUUCCCUCUGGUGUUGCUUUUUCUGUGUUGGACGUUGAAAGCUCCAUGCCCACGUCUCCACGCUCUGGUAAGUCAUGACGAGGAAAGAAGUUGCUAAGGCCAGAAGUCAGUGGUAGUUGAAGCGACGUGUAACAAAGUAUUACAUACACGUUUCUGAUCCUGCCUGUCGGGCUCAGUGUGACUGCUCUUCGGCAAUUCACUUCCUUCUUCGUGCUUAAGAUUGAAUCUCUCGCCAGAACUCGGCGGGGUCAGCGCAGGUUCUGUGUGGCCCUGUCCAUGCCAAUUGCAUUUUCUGGUUAGACGAGAACCUCACAGACAUCUCACAGAUAAGCAAGAUACUGGUUUUCCAAGCUCUCUGGGGGUAUCCUGGCAAGUUUUAGUUUUUUCCUCCUUUUUCUAAAUGUCAAGAGAGUCUUGGUUCUCAUUCUAUUUGAAUAGCAUUUGUCACUUUGCUAUGAAAUAUAGCAUGCUAUGUUUAUAUGCUUUUAAAUACUAACAUACAAAAAACUCACAGGCUCUUCAACUUCUCCCUGAACUCCUGGUGCAUGGACGCAUGUAUAAUCCCCCUUCAGUCCUGCUGUGUGUGAGGCGACCACACACACAUACACACACACACACACGGCUGUGAAUUCUGCACUGCCUUUUGUUGUUUUUCCAUGAAUACCUCUUGGGAAAUGUUUCCAGUAGGUUACUUAACUUUAUUUUGCUGCUAAUUUGAGCAUUAGCAGGUAACUCACAAGUCUGGAGGCCGUUUUUGUUGAGGGUAGCUGGAAUUUUAGACCCUUGUGAUAGCUAAGACUCCCUCGGCUUGUGGAAGUUGCCGUAGUGCUCCGUGACAUUUCCUGAGCACGCGUGUCUGCCCCGUGCCCAGUCCUAUGGCUCCAGAGCAGCGCUGCUCCUCGGCACAGUGACUGCCGAUGCCCGCCUGCUGGGAUGUUCUCGCUUCUGACCACACGUGGACAGCCGGUCUGUUUGGCAUUGGUUUUCUGUAUCACAAAUGUGGGAGCGCCAGUAUCAGGAAUUCAGUGUUUGUCUUAUUGGAACCUCUCAUCAUCCUUUUGCCGGCAAACCACAUUUGAAAUCUAUCUGCAUCUCUGCAAAGUGUCAGAAUUAUAGUUUGGCUACAUAACAGGUUUUAUGAACACCUUUUGGGGCUAUAAUCAUUUAGGCAUGAAUGGAAGGUAGUUUAAUUUUCACAGUGGUAAAUAUUUUUAUUCUUGAGUGCUUCAGGAAUGGAUUUUCCAUUUGGUUUAGUGUCCUAAAAAGCACACUACAAACUUCUUUAAUUUUCCAUGAGGUCUAGAAAUAAAAUUUCAGUAUCUAUAAAAUUGUAUGCUUAUGAAUUUAGUCCUUGUUUCAGAUUUAAAUGGAAAAGUCAGGAAGUAUUAUGGCAUUGUCUAGGCAUCUCUAAGCGAUUACAUUGCUGCGCUUAAGCAGUGAAAAGUUCAUCCCUGAUCACCAGGCACAGACGUUCAGCCGCCGAGAAGGCUGUCUGGCCCAGAAGUUUGCAGGUCUCUGAGGUGUAGUGUGGGGAGUGGUUACUUGGUUCAGUUCAGGCCUUCGGUAGGUUAGGGACUUGGUGUUGGUUUUGUUUUUUCCCCGGUGACGUUUGGUGCAAUGAGCAAUACGUUUGGGGUUGGAAAUAACCUACUAAGGAUGGUGGGCCUGGGUUUCUGGCCUCAUCCGAGCACUCAUUUCCUGGUGGGCACAGAAUAACCACCAACCAUGGAGUUCGUCUGUCAUGUUUGUCCACUUAAGAAACGUUUCAUUCUGGAUUUCUUUCCAAUGAACACCCCAGGCACUGAGGCUACAGUGUUCCCUAAGUCCCAGGCCUUGCCUUCGUAAUCCCUCCCUAAUGGGCGAGCACGGAGGCUGUUAGGCUCAUGUCAUGCAAGACCAUCUCCCACCUUUUUGUAUUUUCUCUCCCUAAAAGCAGCCUAACAGGGUAAUACUACGCUGGGCCAAUAGGAGCACUUGUGUUUUGGUAAAGUAUUGUAAUUAUCUGAGGCUGCCCUCAACUCUUGUAAUCAUUCUUUCAUCAUUUAUUCAUUCGUUUGUUCAUUCUGACGCAUCGGUUGAGGGCCUGCUCUGCGAGUGAAGGCCAGCUGCAGGCUUCGGGAGUUGGCUGUGGCCGAGGAGCCCUGGGAGUGCAGCUGAUGGACCGGGUGCCAACGGCGCCCUAAGUGGAGUGACAGAGCCAACGGGGUUCUGCUGAUUCGGCCAAGUCCUCUUGAGCAUGUGUGUCCUGGAAACCAAAAGUGUCCUUCACCUCCGGAGGCGCUUUCCUCUCCGUCCACUUUUCCAGACUACGCUGUUUCUAUACUUAGGGCUUGAAAAGGUGGUCGUCCACGCUGGCAGGAGAUGGAUGUGGGGAUUUGCGGGGGGGCGGGGGGCAUUUGAGAGAAAAAUUGUCAUCCCCCUAACUAUCAGGAGAAACAGGAACAGCAUGUGAAGGACGACAGUGGCUGCCUUCAGGAAAAUGGUGCAGAGGAGAGCUGUGAGCAAAACUCAUUCACGUCAAAUAAACAUGUUUUUCAA